AUGAAUUUGCUACUUUCAGACGACUACCUCCUCCAGGAUUAUCCUGAGAGCAUGACGAGCACGAUCCGGUCCGGCCAUGCGACCAUGCUGAGGUUCAAUCGCACGGGCGACUAUCUUGCGUCUGGCCGGGUGGACGGAACCGUCGUUGUCUGGGACUUGGAGACGAUGGGGGUCGCCCUCAAGAUGAGAGGUCACAACAAGAGCAUCACAUUCCUCAGCUGGUCCAGAUGCGGGCGCUAUCUGCUGUCGACGUGUCAAGGCUGGAAGGCCAUCCUGUGGGACCUUCAGACCGGACAUCGACAUCGAGAGGUGCGCUUCCGCGCUCCGGCGUACAUGGCUGAGCUUCAUCCAUGGAACCAUAAUCUUUUUGUCGCGUCGCUAUUCGAAGAGCAGCCGUUGCUGGUCGACAUCUCCGAGCCGGUCGAUGUCAAACGCGUACUACCCUCAGCGCCGAAGCGACCAAACGCAGAUAGCGACAUUGCUCUCAAGGAGAAGCAAGCGAAAGAAGACGCAAAGCAGAUGACAACAUCGGCAAUAUGGACAGCUACCGGCGAUCACAUCAUCGCGGGGACGAGCAAAGGCAAAUUGAACAUCAUCGAUGCCAAGACACUCGAAAUCAUAUACUCAGAGAAGAUAUGCACUGGGGUCAUCACCACCAUGAGGAUAACGUCGUCUGGCCGAGACCUGCUGGUCAACUCCCAGGAUCGGAUUAUCCGAACGUUUCGAAUACCAAACCUCGCGGUGCCCGACCUUGACCCCGAUACGAUACAGUUGCCCUUGGAGCACAAAUUUCAAGACGUAGUGAACAAACUCUCCUGGAAUCAUGUCACGUUCAGCGCAACGGGCGAAUACGUGGCCGCGUCCACCUACAACAAUCACGAACUCUACGUUUGGGAACGGAAUCACGGCAGCUUGGUCUGUAUGCUCAAAGAUCCCAAGGAGGAGCAGGGCGUCAUAGAGUGGCACCCUUCUCGCCCGCUGCUGGCGGCGUGCGGCCUGGAGACCGGCCGCAUAUACAUAUGGUCCGUCAUCAGUCCGCAGAAAUGGUCGGCGCUGGCGCCGGACUUUGCAGAGGUCGAAGAAAACGUCGAAUACAUGGAGCGGGAGGACGAGUUCGACAUAUACGCGCAGGAAGAGAUCCACAGGAGACGGCUCGACGCUGAGGACGAAGAUGUUGACGUGCUGACGGCUGAUCCCACCAAAGACGGGGAAGAUCUCGCUAAUUUCCGCAUGCCCAUUCUGUUCAAUCUUGGCGAGAGCGACAGCGAAGACGAAUUCGUUGCGGUUUCGACUGGGACCAUGCGGCGGAGGAGCCCCGGGGAGAGCCAAGCUGAUCUGAGUGCUGGAGCAGAAUCUGCGGCGCCGGUGCGCAAGAAGGCUGGAGCCAGGGGAGGAAAAGGCAAGAAGAAGUAA